CUUCACACGCCUACAACUGCCUCCGCACUCCUGACCACAAAUGAAGUAAUGACCAAGGGGCCACAGUGCAAAGAAAAUCCAAAUUCUUGACCCGGGCACCAGACACCAGUGGUUCUGUAUCCAGCCUCGAGCCAGCCUUGCGGGCGCCCGUGGACAAGGCUUAUCGGCGAUAAGGAUGAAAUCCCUUGGCAGAGAAACUGCAACUUUUUCUUGCCCGAGGUUGAGGCAACCGAGAUCGAUUUUAUCUUGACAAACGCCCAGCAUGGCGCCCUCACAGCUCAAACAGUUGAAGGCCUCCUUGCGCGAUCACGGUGUCCUCGGCCCUCAAAAGUCCAAGAAACAACGGAAAGCCACAGCAAAAGAUGCCCAGAAACGCAUCCAGCGCAAUGCCGCCCUGGAAAGCAUUCGAGAACGCUUCAAUCCUUUCGAGGUCAAGGCACCGGCUCGGAAAGAAAAAUUCGACGUCGCAAGUGGAAAGAAAGCACAACCUGCGUUGGGUCGACCCGGUGUGACACGUGGUCUAGGCGAAGAGCGACGUCGAGAGACAUUGUUGAAAGAGAUGCAGAGUCGAAACAAAAUCGGAGGGUUGCUGGACCGUCGAUUUGGUGAAAACGAUCCUACCAUGACCCCUGAACAACGAGCGGCCGAGAGGUUCGCUCGUCAAAACGAACGAAAGUUGAGGAAAACAUCAAUGUUUAAUCUAGAGGAUGACAGCGAGGAAGAAAUGACACUCACCCACGGUGGGAGGUCGCUCGAGUUUGGGAAUCAAGCACAAGACGAUUUUGAUGAGCGUGAUGUCGCGGCCUCAGAUGACGACGUCGCAGAGUUUGAGGUGCAGAACGACAGACCACGGAAGAAGCUGCGCCUCGAAGACGCUGCGGACACACAAGAUGAAGAAGGCGACGAAUUGCCCCAGCGAAGAAAGUCGAAGAACGAAGUGAUGAAAGAGAUCAUCGCAAAGUCAAAAAUGUACAAGGCUGAGCGACAGGCUGCAAAAGCUGAUGACGAUGACUUGCGAGCGGAGCUGAAUAAAGGAAUGUCGGAGUUUUAUGAAGCUCUUCGAGGUCACAAACCACCCGAAAAGCAACUGUCUUCGCCGCCAGUCACGGAGGCUGAACCUCACAUGGAUCCUGCCCGGGCUGCAAUGUUGGCCGGCAAGAGCAGGCAAGACGCAGAGAAGGAGUACGAGGCCAAUCUCAGGGCGUUGAAACUGGAAGUCCGGUCCAAGCCCAGUGUGAGGACGAAGACGGAUGAAGAAAAGGCCGCCGAAGAAGCUGCAAGACUUGAAGAAUUGGAAAGAAAACGGAUCCGCCGAAUGAAGGGGGAAGCCGAGAGCUCAGAGGACGACGAAGAUGCCGAACUCGGUCCAGACGAGGAUUUCGAGGAAGACGAUGCCGAACCCUUUGGCCUCGCUGCACCGGAGGCCGCUCCAAGCAGAGACUUGGACGUAGAGGAUGAAGACGAAUUUCUGCUCGAAGAUGAUCUGAUAGCCUCUGAUUCUGAAGCGGAGGUGGCCAGCGAACAGGACCUUGACGAGUCUGAGUCCGAGGACGAGGUUGAAGAUGACGGGGACGACGACUUUAUAAAUGGCCUGGUCUUGCCACAAGGAUCGAAGGCAUUGCACGCCAAAUCAGCGGACAAAGCCCUGGUCAGCGACAAUCUUGCUUACACCUUCUCCUGCCCACGGACACAUGAAGAAUUGUCGGCUCUGGUGAAGGACACAAAAUACACAGAUUUGCCGACCAUCAUUCAGAGGAUCCGUGCGUUGUACCAUAAGGGUCUUGCGCAGGGCAACCAGGAAAAGCUCGACGUGUUUGCUGUAGUCUUGACGCAACACGUGGGAUACCUUGCGGACAACCACAGUGACGUACCCUUUUCGGUGCUGGAGAGUCUGGUGCGGCAUCUUCAUUCGAUGGCCAAAGCCUCACCGCAAGCAGUUGGAGAUGCCUUCCGAAGGCACCUUGAAAGUAUCGCUGAUGAGCGGCCUCUCAAACUCUCUCCUGGCGACCUGGUCAUCUUGACGGCUGUUUCGACCAUCUUUCCGACAUCCGAUCACUUCCAUGCGGUCGUGACGCCAGCGAUGCUCACACUCGGUCGGUAUCUUGGGCAGAGCUCACCACAGUCUCUGCACGAUCUGGGCGUUGGUGCAUACUGCUGUUCACUGGCGCUCCUGUAUCAGCGGCUGGCGAAGCGAUACGUUUCCGAAGUGGUCGCCUAUAUUGUUAAUGCCUUGGCCGUCCUUGCUCCAGCUUCGUUACCCGAGAAGGACAAAGACGGGCAGCCGCUGCAUAUUCCCCUCAGGCUACCACAAAAGUCAUUGCGGACCAAGUCAGCCGCAGAAGCAGCUCCAGGUAAAUUGUCCUUCAAACAGCUCGUCAUUGACGCAGACGGACAAGAUGAUGCUGCCAAAUCACUGGCUCUUCUCAACACUUUCAUCCGGCUUUCCAGCCAGGCCGCCGACUUGUGGAAGCAGAAAUCGGCUUUCCCAGAACUCGUAUCCCCUCUCAUACAAACCAUCAGCCACAUAAUCUCACACGGCGGCAAGCUUCCCAAGUCAUCAGUGGCGCUUGCCACGAGCACCUUGGAAACUUUGCAGAGUCUUCAGAAGGCAUCCAUCGAGUCUCGCCGACCUCUCUUGCUCCACAACCACAGACCUCUUGCGAUCAAAACUUCCAUCCCGGCCUUCAUUGAGAACUACAACCCCGACCGCCACUAUGAUCCGGACAGGCAACGCGCCGAACUCUCGAAACUCAAGGCUGAGCACAAGAAGGAACGCAAGGGAGCCAUGCGUGAGCUGCGCAAGGACGCCAACUUCAUGGCAAGAGAACAGCUUCGUGAGAAGAAGGAGAAGGAUGCUGCUUACGACAAAAAAUUCAAGCGGCUUGUUGCUGAAAUCCAGGGAGAAGAAGGCCGAGAGAAAAAGGAGUAUGAGAGGGAGAAGAGAAAGAGACAGGGUCGCUUCUAGGCAGAAUCAUCGACUAUUACGCUACAGCCGUCACUCCUCUUGUGAUACCCUUCGGAGCAAGUUACAUCAAAAGUAUAAGUAGAGGCAUUUGAGACAUCAGCUUGUGCUCGGUUAUCGCCACCGUGCUGAAGCAAAUAAAAGGCUCCAGUGCCAUGAAGACGUGUACGAAAAUGAACCCAUUCGCUAUGUCGAAUGAUAGACACGCUCAUCUAGAAUAGGACGCAGUGGAGACGCAAAAAGGAAAUGAUGCCACCAUGCUGACCUCAUCCUUUGCUGUUCUUGAAGCGGAC